UUUACCUUGGUAUUUUCUUUCAAUGCCUAUUUUAGAAUUACAAAGAAAUCAAGUCUGCAAGAGUACAAAAUAUACUUACUUAUGAUCCAUUCGGCUCUUCAUCCAUUUGGGAAAUGACAUUCCGGCUGACAAAGACCUGUCCUCUUGAGUUGCCAUUACUUAUCAACCAAAAAACUAUAUGAAAAUAAGCUAGUUUAAAAAUACACUAGACCUCGAGAAAAUGUUGCAACUAUUGAAAAAUUACUUUAUAUAAGUAGGGAUGGUGAAUUAAAUGUUUAUUUAAAUUUGAUUAUCUGUUAAAAUUUAGUAUUUCUGGAUUAUUGACGAUUCUCAAGAGUAGGCCUUGUCCAUUGUACUGAUCUGGAAAAAAAAGGGGAAACUUAUUGAUUCUGCUGUAAAACAAUAUGGAUUUGGCAACACUGGUACCAAUCAAUUUUUGAGGUUAUGUUGUAUCAAAUUUUUGUUUACCUGUGAUUUUCAUCGAUUUUCCCUGAAAAAUUCAUUAUUUUCCGCAUUUCCAAUUGAAACCCCUAUAAAAUGUCUAUAGAAAUCGAAUCAGCAGACGUUAUCCGUCUCAUACAGCAGUACCUCAAAGAAUCCAACCUCUACAGGACUUUGCACACUUUACAAGAAGAAACUGCAGUGACCCUAAACACUGUAGACAGUGUAGACGGAUUUUGUGCAGACAUCAACAACGGCCACUGGGACACAGUCCUAAAAGCCAUCCAAUCCCUAAAACUCCCUGACAAAAAACUUAUCGAUCUAUAUGAACAAAUUGUCCUGGAAUUAAUUGAACUGCGUGAAUUAGGAGCAGCCAGAUCCCUAUUACGUCAAACAGACCCUAUGAUAAUGCUCAAGCAAAACGAACCUGAACGCUACAUCCACCUAGAAAACCUUUUAGCCAGAUCCUAUUUCGAUCCAAGAGAAGCUUAUCCAGAUGGUGGCAGCAAGGAAAAACGUAGAGCAGCAAUUGCACAUGCUCUAUCUGGAGAAGUAUCUGUAGUACCUUCUUCACGUUUGCUAGCUUUGCUAGGCCAGGCCUUGAAAUGGCAACAGCACCAAGGAUUACUCCCUCCUGGUACCACCAUAGAUUUGUUCAGAGGCAAAGCAGCUGUACGCGAACAAGAAGAUGAAACUUUCCCAACUCAAAUGGCCAAACAAAUCAAAUUCGGCCAAAAAUCUCAUGUUGAAUGUGCCAGAUUUUCACCAGACGGUCAAUACUUGAUUACAGGCAGCGUGGAUGGGAUAAUUGAAGUUUGGAAUUUCACUACAGGCAAGAUUCGUAAAGACUUAAAAUAUCAAGCCCAAGAGAAUUUCAUGAUGAUGGAACAUGCUGUGUUGUGUAUGGCCUUUUCUAGAGACAGCGAAAUGUUGGUUUCAGGCUCUCAGACAGGCAAAAUAAGUGUGUGGAGGAUCAGCACUGGUCAGUGUUUGAGGAAAAUUGAAAAGGCCCACACAAAAGGGAUAACUUGUUUGCAAUUUUCAAGGGACAACAGUCAAGUUUUGAGCGCUUCUUUUGAUCACACCAUCAGGAUUCAUGGUUUAAAAUCUGGAAAAACUUUAAAAGAAUUCAAAGGGCACACUUCUUUUGUUAAUGAAGUUAUAUUUACACAAGAUGGGCAUAAUAUAUUGAGUGCCUCUUCUGAUGGUACUGUGAAAGUUUGGAGCAUCAAAACUACAGAGUGUGUGAGUACAUUCAAGUCACUAGGAUCAGCAGAUUGUACUGUAAACAAUAUUCACAAUUUCCAUAAAAAUUCUGAACAUUUUGUCGUUUGUAAUAGGAGCAAUACUGUUGUUAUUGUUAAUAUACAAGGACAGAUUGUGCGAUCAUUUGCUAGUGGUAAGCGAGAGGGUGGCGAUUUUGUUUGUUCAACAGUUUCGCCUCAUGGGGACUGGAUUUAUUGUGUUGGCGAGGACAUGGUGCUCUACUGCUUCUCUACUAUAACAGGCAAAUUGGAAAGAACACUCAAUAUUCAUGAAAAAGACGUUAUUGGUAUUGCCCAUCAUCCCCAUCAGAACUUAAUCUGCUCUUACAGUGAAGACGGCUUGGUGCGUCUUUGGAAACCUUAAUUUUAAGUUGUGUGCGUUUUUUAGAUCUAAUAAAGUAACUUUAAAUAAC